CGAGAAGGCCUGGGUUGUGAUCACGCCCCGUCGCUUGCUCUCUGGCUCAGCCGGAUUCUCGGCACAUCAACACGACGACCAGCGAUCAUGGACGAAGAUCUGCUGAAUGACCUGGAGGAACUUGGCGGAGAGGAGCUCGAGGCCGAGGAGGAGGAGGCCGCCCAGGGUCUCCUUCGAGACGGCGAUCAAGACGAUGAUGCCGACAUGAACCAGCACGAGGAGGAGGACGAUCUGAUGGAUGACGACCCCGAUGCUGCCCAGAAGCUCAAGGCGGCGCUGGCCCUCGCAGUCAAGGGCGCAGACGACAUCCGACAGAUAGCCAAGCUCAUCGGCUCAAGGACAUUCAAGGACAUUUUGCAGAAAAUCGAGCAUUUCAGAACCAUUCAUCGCGACACCAACUCCAGCAAUGGGCCAGUCGAGGAAGAUCCCGAAUACAACGUUAUUGUGCAAGCCAACAAUCUCAUCGUCGAUAUCGACAACGACCUGCUUGUUGUCCAUAAGUUCAUCAGAGACCACUAUUCCCCAAAGUUCCCUGAACUUGAGUCACUCAUUCUCAAUCCCAACGACUAUGCCUGCACCGUUCAAGCUAUUGGGAAUGAAAUGGACUUGACCAAGAUCGAUCUCAAGGCGCUUCUCCCCUCGGCGACCGUCAUGAUCGUCACCGUCACAGCCACUACGACCAAUGGUCGGCCACUCUCGGAUACCGAGCUCAAAGCCGUCAUGGAUGGCUGCGAGAUGCUCCAGCAGCUCGACGGCGCCAAAAAGAUGAUCCUGGACUAUGUUGAAUCGAGAAUGAAUCUAAUCGCUCCAAACCUCUCGGCCGUCGUCGGCACGGGCACGGCGGCCAAGCUGAUGGGUAUUGCCGGUGGCCUCAGCGGCCUGAGCAAGAUACCGGCCUGCAACGUGCUCGUCCUCGGUGCCCAGAAAAAGGCCAGCGCGGGACUCUCGUCCGUUGGACAGAACCGGCAUCUUGGCCUUAUCUACUACUCUGACAUCAUCCUGCGGACCCCGCCCGAGUACCGCCGCAAAGCCUGCCGUCUCCUGUCUGCCAAGUCCGUUCUCGCAGCACGCAGUGACCGUGCUCGCACAUUCGUCGAUGGCGCGUUCGGCCGAAAAAUGCGCGAAGAAAUCGAGCGAAAAAUCGAAAAAAUGCAAGAACCGCCUCCCGGAAAGGCCAUCAAGGCAUUGCCAGUGCCCACUGAGGGGUCCAAAAAGCGUCGUGGUGGAAAGCGACUGAGACGACAAAAGGAGGCCCAUGCCGUUACCGAGCUACGAAAGGCCCAAAACCGAAUCGUGUUUGGCAUGGCUGAGGAGGAGAUUGAAGUCGGCGACGACACAGUUGGUCUUGGCAUGCUGACCCAAGGGCAGACGGGCAAGAUUCGGGCCAUCACGGGCAACCCUCGUGUCGGCAAGUUGCCAAAGAAGGUCAAGGUGAUCGGUGGUUCGUCUGGAAACACCUCGGGAUUGUCUUCUUCACUGGCCUUCACGCCUAUCCAAGGCAUCGAGCUGGAGAAUCCCGAGGCUGCUCAGCAGCGCAUCAAAGACGCCAACAAUCGCUACUUUGGUGCGGCAGGCACGUUCAUCAAGGUCGCAAAGAAUGACGAGCGGCCUUCUGCGGCGAUGGCCCCGCCUCCAGCAGUGUCUCGGAGAUCAUAGGCGCUGCGUACAUCACACACCUGCCAUGCAUACGAUCGAGCGCGAUCGAACCGCCUCCCUCCAUCUCGUGCAAGGGGGUGCGCUCAGCCUUGCAAAAUAAAGAGUGGUCUGUGAUCCCAAGAUUGGGUGUGUAACGUUCAUUACUUCCAACCUUGGUCAAGUGCGUAGAUCAGAGUUGCCACCAACGCCC